UUGUAAUAAUAACUUGCAAUGAGCAAUAUAUAGUACAAGCACACAAGGUCUCUAUCCCAGUCUCACACAAGGUAAAACGUGAAACACGUUGACCCAAGGCCUACUGGCAGGGCGCGCGGCCAGUAUCUGAUUAUGUAAACAUAAUUUAUAUAUCAUAUUUGCCUCUCGUGACAAAAGAAAGAACGUCGAAUAUCAUAUGUACUGUCCCCAAGGUUCUAUAGAUAGAUGCCCGCGACUGUAAAAUUCCGACAGUUGCAGAAGUUCACGUUGGGAAGAUCAGCAAGGAUCUGCUUGGAGAUUGACCAUGAAGCUGGCCCUCGUCCUGUCGCUGUUAGCGGGCGCGCUGGCGCAGUGGGACCCAAACAACGUCUCCGGGCGCCACGCCGCCGUGCACCUGUUCGAGUGGCGGUGGGCGGACAUCGCGGCGGAAUGCGAGCGCUUCCUCGGGCCCUACGGCUUCGGGGCAGUGCAGGUGUCUCCUGUGAGCGAGAACCGCGUGUCCUGGGGCCGGCCGUGGUGGGAGCGCUACCAGCCGGUCAGCUACCAGCUCCAGACCCGCAGUGGCAGCGAGGCGGAGUUCAGGGACAUGGUCAAGAGGUGUAACAAUGCCGGCGUUAGAAUUUACGUCGAUGCUGUGUUCAACCACAUGGCAGAGGGGUCAGGGUACGGUACGGCCGGGUCUAGCUACAACGGCCUGGAUUUCCCCGGUAUCUACAGCGCCUUCGACUUCAACGAUGCCAAGUGCCACACCGCAAGCGGGGGCAUUGAAAACUACAAUGAUGCCGACCAGGUCCGUAACUGCAAGCUGCAAGGUAUGGCAGACCUGAACCAGGGUUCCGAAUACGUCAGGGGCAAGAUCUCGGAGUUCUUGAACAAGCUGAUCGACGCCGGUGUUGCCGGGUUCCGAGUGGACGCGUGUAAGCACAUGUGGCCGGGAGACCUGGAUGCCGUCUUCGGCAGACUGCACGAUCUUUCCACCGAUUACUUUCCCGCGAAUACUCGACCUUUCAUCGUCCAGGAAGUGAUUGACGUCGGAGCAGGCGAGCCAAUCACAUCCGGUCAGUACCAACAUGUCGGCCGCGUCACCGAGUUCAAAUACUCCAAGUUCAUUGGCGAGGUGUUCCGGAAGUGGAACAACCAGAAGCUGAGCUACUUCUCCAACUGGGGUGAAGGCUGGGGCAUGCUGCCUUCUACUAGCGCCGUUGUCUUUGUGGAUAACCACGACAACCAGCGUGGGCACGGUGCCGGAGGUGCCAGCGUCAUCACAUUCAGAGACUCCAAACUAUACAAGAUGGCCAAUGCUUUCAUGAUGGCCCAUCCUUACGGCUACGCCCGUGUGAUGUCCAGUUACUACUUCGACUCUCACGCCACUGACCAAGGCCCACCGAGUACUAACGAAAACACCAACAGUGUCAUCAUCAACUCUGACGGCACCUGUGGAGGAGAUUGGAUAUGUGAGCACAGGUGGCGGCAGAUCAAGAACAUGGUCCAGUUCCGUAACGUGGUCACCGGGCAGACUCUGCAGAACUGGUGGAGUAACGGCAACAACCAGAUCGCCUUCUCACGUGGCAACAAGGGCUUCAUCGUCAUCAACAACGAUGACUGGAACAUGAACGAGUGGCUGCAAACAGGCAUGCCUGCCGGAAGCUACUGUGAUGUAAUUUCCGGCGAGAAGGACGGCAACCACUGCUCGGGCACGACCAUUACAGUAGGAGGGGACGGAAGGGCGCAUUUCCACAUCUCCAACAACGCUGAUGACGGAGUCAUCGCUAUCUACGAGGGUUCUAGGCUGUAGAGCUUCAUCUCAGAUGAAGUGGUCCAGAGCAACUAGUUAUGCGUCUCGAAAGCACAACUGAUUACUUGAAAUAAAAUCUAAAAAAAACCUAACAACAUA